AGAUUCGGUUGUACGUUUAUUUGAAGGAAAUGGUGGAAACUAUCUUCCUUUGCAUAAUACAGACGCGUUGCGAUCAAAAUUAUUUGAAGUUGUUGGCCGAAUGGUAGCUGCAUCAAUCAUGAAUGGGGGCCCAGGUUUUCCUCAUUUCUCUACAGCUGUUUGGAAGUAUAUUCAAUGUCAAGAUACUAAUCUUGUCACAGAAUACAUCUCCAAAGAUGAUGUGGUUGAUUUUGAAGUCAUUGAAGCAAUAAAUAAGCUCGAUGCAAUCACUCCUGACACAUUCACAAAAAUAGCUCGCGAGGUUGAGCCACUGAUAAUCGAUUCCGGAUUUCCGCACAAGUUAUCCACAGAAAACGUUUACCAUGCAAUAACGUCCUUGUGUCUGCAUAAUGUUUUGCUCUCAAGGAAAGCAGAGCUUGAUCAGUUUAUAAGGGGACUUGGGCCGCUGCAUACGGUCAUCAAGAAAUAUCCGGUCAAAACUGAAUGUUUUCUCUUGAGGGGAGAAGCAAAACUGCCCACAUCAGAGGAAUUGCUUUCAAUUAUGGAAUUUGUUGAUGUGGAAUCGAGCAUUGUAGAAUAUUUUAAAGAGUAUUUGACUACGUCGGAUAACGAGACUCUUAGCGAUUUAUUGAUGUUUUCGACUGGAUGUGCCACAAUUCCUCCCAUGGGGUUCCAUAACCCUUCAGUCAUUACCAUAUUACAGAAUGAAUCAACUUAUCCAAAUGCAAAUACAUGUCCUCAAGAACUUGAAUUACCAGGACUCGUAUGUUCUUUCGCCGAACUGAAGAGAAGUCUUGAUUCAGCUCUUGCAAUACAGAAAAUGGGAUUUGGAAUUGUGUGAUUUCCUGCUAUGAUGCUGAAACACUUUGUAACAUCCAGUUUGUACACUCACACGUGAACAUUUUUUUUCCUGUUUUGUUAAUUAAUAUAACGCCUGCAUUGCGUAUAUACACGCAUGGGAGAGACCCGCGGCGCGUAUUUGAAACGAGUUGUUUUCUUUUCGUUAGCAUAAAACCAUUCAUGCAUAGAGAUGAUAGGCUGCAAGAAAUGAAGGUUUGAAUGCGUAGAAUUCAUGGGUUUUUUUCAAAACAACAUAAAUUGCAAAAAACAUUAUGCAUAUUUUUUUAC